CUCUUUCUCUCUCUCUUAAACCCUAAUUCCGUUCUUUCUUCCAUCCGAGUUCGAAUAGCUGGUGAAUCCGAGACUUUUAUUGUAUUGCUGUGAAAACGGGUUAAGGUGUAAUAGUUUGAUGCAACUAUGAGCAAGUUGACCAACAGGGAACUAGAAGGAAGCAUUACGGCUAGACAUAGUGGCUUGAAGGGUAUCUUAUCAGCAAUGUGCAAAGAUGAAAAUGAGUGCCUUCAACAUAAGCCCAAGGAGAUUGAUAUUGAGGAAUGGCAAUAUCUAAUCUCGUAUCUUGGAUCAGAGAAAUUAAAGACUAUUAGUAAAAGAGAUGCAGAGGACAAGAGUAAGCAGCAGGCUCUAGAGACUCAGCAGGAGCCCGCCAAUCCUGAACUAUGGUUGUUGACCCAUUGUCCGAAAGGGCAAUGGAUUGAUGAGACCUCCAAAUGCAUAUAUGAGGAGUUCAGUUGCAGGAUCAAUGAGAUGGAAGUUGCUGAAAACCGAGCUUUACCUGUUGAUGAGCAGGAUGAAAUAUUCCAGUCAAUUGUAGGUUCAAGAUCAGGCCAUGUCUAUGAGCAGGAAUAUAUGGCAAGGCCUUCUACUUCCAUGGAGCGCUUACGUGCUAAGCUUGAUGCACUGACUCGCGUAUCAGCUGAGACACAAAGGCGGAAUAAUGAGCUCAAAGCCCAGGUUCAGGAGCUGCAGAGGCAGUUGGCAGCAGAGCGUGCUGGGAGGCUUAAACAAAUAGAGGUAGAGCGUGCUGAGUGUGAUAGACAGAUGGAGGUGAUCCAACAGAGUAUGAAGGAGGAGUUCAUGAAAUUAUUAGCCAAUUUUCACUCUCAGCCUCAAUGAAGACAUAUGUCGAAGGAGGAGACAGAGCUGGAAGAUCAUCUUUCUUACAAGUCAAAAUUGCUG